CAAUGUUGUUCCCUGCUGUGACCUGGUUCCUGUUGGUAGCAGGGCUGUUGGGUGUCUGGGCUCAGGACUACUAUGAAGAGAGAACAGUGAACAAGAGACCCAGGGGCAGGGGGGCCCAACUGCAAGCUCCAGCCAUUGCAACUAACGUGCAAAAACAUAAUGGACAAGCCAUUUUAGAUGAGGACUGCGGUCUGGAGCUUGCCUUUCUGCUGGACAGCUCUGAGAGUGCCAAGGAGAACCAUGAGCAGGAGAAGCGCUUUUCCAUGGAUGUGGUGGACAGGCUCCAGGCCACCCGUCUGCAGACGGGCCGCAGUCUGAGCUGGAAGGCGGCCCUGCUGCAGUACAGCAGUCACGUCAUCAUCGAGCAGACCUUCAAGCAGUGGAGGGGCACCGACAACUUCAAGUCCCACAUCACCCCCAUUGUCUACAUCGGCCAAGGCACCUACACCACCUACGCCAUCACCAACAUGACCAAGAUGUACCUGGAGGAGUCCAGCCCAGGCAACAUCAAGGUGGCCAUGCUGCUCACUGACGGCAUCUCCCACCCCAGGAACCCAGACAUCUUCUCAGCUGCCGCUGACGCCAAGAACCAGGGGGUGAAGUUCUUCACGGUGGGCAUCACCCGUGCAGCCAACGAGUCAGCCAACGUGGCCCAGCUGAGUUUGUUGGCCAGUUCUCCUGCCUCCCGAUACCUCCAUAACCUGCAGGAUAUUGACAUUGUGGAGAAAGUCCUCAAAGAAAUUACUGACCUGGCGGAUGAAGGGUGUCCCCCGGCCCAACAAUGUGCCUGUGAGAAGGGCGAAAGAGGACUCAGUGGCUUAGCCGGGAAGAAGGGUCGCCCUGGAGAUGAUGGAGCCCCUGGUCUCAAAGGAUUGAAGGGAGAGGGAGGACUAAGUGGACUUCCAGGUCAGGAUGGCGGAGAAGGAAAAUCUGGUUACAAAGGAGAGAGGGGUGAGAGAGGCGAGUGUGGCACUCCAGGAAUUAAAGGGGACAGGGGUCCUGAGGGCCCAAUGGGCACCAGAGGAGUCAGAGGUCUCCAGGGUUUACCCGGUCCACAGGGUGACGUUGGACCUGAGGGCCCUCAGGGUAAGAAGGGUGAUCGGGGUCAAGCUGGCCCGGCCGGAAUUCAGGGAGAAAAUGGUAUUGGACUUCCUGGACCAAAGGGUGAUCUGGGAUUCCAGGGAAAACCCGGCCCCCCUGGUCCGACAGGGUUGAGUGAAUAUGGCCAGCCAGGGCCUCAAGGGCCACAAGGUUUUCAAGGGGAGAAAGGACCCCACGGAGAGGGGCUCCCUGGGCCAAAGGGAGAACGGGGGCUGGCCGGACCGAGGGGGCCAAGAGGACAGACGGGUGCAGGAAUCAAAGGAGAAAAGGGUGAGUUCGGGCCUCCAGGUCAUCCAGGACUUGUUGGACUUACAGGAGCGGGCAUCCAGGGGGAGAAGGGAGUGGAGGGUCCCAGAGGUCCACCUGGAGGCAGAGGACCUCAAGGAGAGGGCUUACCUGGACCUAAGGGUGAUCAAGGUUUCCCAGGAGAGCUCGGAGCUACAGGGGAGAGAGGCGUUGGUGAGCCAGGGCCAAAGGGUGAGCUUGGUACAUCUGGCCUGGCUGGCUUACCUGGUCUUCCAGGCGAGGACGGGGCUCCAGGACAGAAGGGUGAGGCGGGUGUAGCUGGUAUAAGAGGUCCUGAUGGAGCAGCAGGGAUCGGCACCCAGGGCGAGAAGGGAGACCAGGGUCAAAGGGGCAUCCGUGGAUUACAUGGACCUCCUGGCAUGACCGGACCCUCAGGGGCAAAGGGGGAGCCUGGCACACCAGGCCGACUGGGCAUGCCAGGACUACCGGGACGGGCCAUUGCAGGUCCCAAGGGUGAUCUAGGCCCACCUGGUCCCUCUGGGCCGACUGGAGAGACAGGCUAUGGGCUACCUGGGCCAAAGGGUGACCGUGGUAAUCCUGGUCCAUCAGGACCUUUUGGAUCCAAAGGUGAAGGUUUCCCUGGUCCAGUGGGUCCUCCAGGCCUUCCAGGUCUACAGGGAGAGCAGGGCCCUGAGGGCAUUGGCAUCCCAGGACCUAAGGGAGACAUUGGCUUCAGAGGAUUGCCAGGUUUGCCAGGCCCAAAAGGAAAGGGUGUGCAAGGACCACCGGGUAACAUUGGAAGGAAAGGACCCCCUGGUCCAAAUGGGCCCCCAGGGGAAGGUCUGCACGGCCCCAAGGGUGAGCAGGGGUCUCAGGGUGUGACAGGGCCAAGGGGACCCAUAGGGGAAGGAUUCCCAGGAGGUAAGGGUGACCGUGGCUUGCAGGGUGAGAGAGGAAAUAAGGGUGUAAAGGGGGGCAUGGGAGAUUCUGGGGUUCCUGGAGAGUCUGGGAGGCCAGGAGUAAAGGGUGAAGUGGGGCUUACAAGAGAAGACAUCAUUAAAUUGAUCAAGGAAAUAUGUGGAUGUGGAAUCAAGUGCAAAGAGAGGCCAAUGGAGCUUGUAUUCGUCAUUGACAGCUCAGAGAGUGUUGGUCCGGAAAACUUUGAAAUCAUCAAGGACUUCGUCACAGCGCUGGUGGACCGUACCACUGUUGGACGUAACGCCACCAGAAUUGGAUUAGUCCUGUACAGUCUGGAUGUCCACCUGGAGUUCAAUCUGGCGCGCUACAUGACCAAACAAGAUGUCAAGCAGGCCAUCAGGAAGAUGUCCUACGUGGGUGAGGGAACCUAUACUAGCACCGCCAUCCGGAAGGCUACCCAGGAGGCCUUCUACAGUGCCCGUACUGGGGUUAGGAAAGUGGCCAUUGUUAUCACAGAUGGACAGACAGACAAACGAGAGCCUGUGAAGCUGGACAUUGCUGUGAGGGAGGCCCAUGCUGCCAACAUUGAGAUGUAUGCCCUGGGGAUUGUCAACACCUCAGAUACAACCCAGGCCGAGUUCCUGCGUGAACUAAAUCUGAUCGCCUCUGACCCUGACAGUGAACAUAUGUACCUCAUCGACGAUUUCAACACUCUACCAGCUCUGGAGUCAAAGCUUGUUAGCCAGUUCUGUGAGGAUGAGAAUGGAGCCCUUGUGUUGAAUCGCAACACUAAUGGCUUUGGAAGAAAUGGGAACAACGGCUAUGGGAACAAUGGCUAUGGGAACAACGGCUAUGGGAACAACGGCUAUGGGAACAACGGCUAUGGGAACAACGGAAAUGGGAACUACGGACAGGGGAAUAGCGGACAUGAGAAUAACGGACAUGAGAAUAACGGACAUGGGAAUAGCGGACAGGGGAAUAGCGGAGAGGGGAAUAGCGGACAGGGGAAUAGCGGACAGGGGAAUAGCGGACAGGGGAAUAGCGGACAGGGGAAUAGCGGACAUGAGAAUAACGGACAUGGGAAUAACAAACAUGGAAACACCUAUAAUGAGGAUCCUAUCCUAAAUCCAAGUGGACGCACCAGUUCCCAGAGUCACAUCAGAGGCCGUGGAGAUAACUUUGAUCUGCCCCUCAAUGCUGGACCACUCCCAGUGCAGGUGGAUGAUGAAGAGGGUGAAGAUUUAGACGUAAGGACCCACGUGCGAGGAGGUAGUACUGUGGCUGUAGCUAACGAAACAGUAUCCAUCUUCCCUGCAAAGGAAAGCUCCCACUCCAACACAGCUGUCUCGUUAUCAGGAUCAGCAUCAUCAUCCUCAGGAACAACAGGUUCAUCAUCAUCCAGCGAGGGACAAUUUCAGCCUGUAUCAAUUACUAUCCCUAAUUCUAUUUCCCCCCAAGAGUCUGUCUCGCUCAAUCCCCGCUGUAACCUGAGUUUGGACCAAGGCACCUGUCGAGAGUAUAACAUCCAGUGGUAUUACGACAAACAGGCCAAUUCCUGUGCACAGUUCUGGUAUGGAAGCUGUGAAGGAAAUGCCAACCGCUUUGAGACAGAGGAUGUGUGUAAGAAGACCUGUGUUCUAUCUAGAACAGCUGGUUAAAACAGGCAGAUGAUCAAUCAACUCAUCAGAACAAUCUGCCAUGGAACCAACUAAGCAAAGUGCAGAGGAUGUUUAAUAAUAGUAUACUACUGAUAUUUAAACAUUUUAUAUUUACAACAGGCAUAUAUCAUUGGAAAUAGCGUUAUUUUUGCAGCUCUCUGUGUCUCUCUCUCUUGAGGUGUAGAGAAUAAGGGAAGGACAUGCCACUUCUAGAUUUCAUGAAGUUGCCUUUCUUUUCAGAUGUAUGGUUAUCUGUGGACUUUAUUUACGGAAGUCUGAAUUUGUGAAGAAAAUAUAACGUUGCUAUGGUAACUGUUUUAUUACAUUUGAAAAGUGAUCCUAUACCUUACUCUUAUUAUAUUGAUGUUGGAUUAACUAACCCAUUCAAUACCUCAAUGUUACUCAAACGUAAGCUGUACUGAACAAAGGGGAUAGGUUCAAGCCCAGCGUUUGUCAUUUCAGGUUUACCCGAGAAAAACAUCACACAAUACAAUUCUCAUACCUCUUAGCCAUAAGCACAUUGUGCUGCCAUUAUGCUGUCCCACAAUAUCGUUUUAUAAUAUAGGGAUAGUCUUCUAGAAUACAUUAUUUUUUUUGUAGUAUACGUCUGAAUUCAGUAAUUGUAUUUUAAAGCAAACUAAAUUAAAUAGGUGCUGUAAUUAUUUUUCUUGUUUGUUUAAUGAUAUGUAUUAGUCCGUUUUAGGGUCACAUACGCCAGGCCUAUAAGUGACAGUAUGCAACUUGACCUAUGUAUUUUUCUUCCAACGUGUUUUGGGAAAUCGCACGUUGCUGUUGAUGAAAAAGCUAACUUUGAAAUUAACCACAUUUUUUACACGUGUACGUACUGGUUUUGAUGAUUUUGUUUUGUAUUUGUUUUUAUUGAUUGAAAAAGGAUAGAUAGACAACUUCACAAAACAGUGGGAAGCUUUGGAGUCAACAUGGGACAGCAUCCCUGUAGAACACCUUUUAGCGUCCAUGCCCUGACGAAUUGAGGCUGUUCUGGAGGCAAAAGAGGGUGCAACUCAAUAUUAGAAAGGUGUUCCUAAUGUUUUGUACACUCAGUGUAUUUGGCCUUGUGUUUUAGGUUGUUUUCCUGCUGAAAGGUGAAUUUGUCUCCCUGUGUCUGUUGGAAAGCAGACUGAACCAGGUUUUCCUCUAGUACUUGCCUGUGCUUAGCUAUAUUCCUUUUCUUUUUAUCCUAAAAAGCUCCCUGGGCCUUGCUGAUGACAAGCAUACUCAUAACAUGAUGUAGAAUCACCAUGCUUGAAAAUAUGAAAAGUGGUACUCAGUGAUGGGCUGUAUUAGAUUUGCCACAAACAUAAUGCUUUGUAUUGAGGUCAAAACGUAAAUUUCUUUGCCACAUGUUUUGCAGUAUUACUUUAAUGCCUUAUUGCAAACAGGAUGCAUAUAUUGGAAUAUUUUUAUUCUGUUCAGGCUUCCUUCUUUUCAUUCUGUAAUUUUGGUUAUUAUUGUGGAGUAACUACAUUGUUGUUGAUCCAUCACCAUCUCCUUUUAAAAUGACCAUUGGUAUCAUGGUGAAAUCCCUGAGCGGUUUCCUUCCUCUCCGUCAACUGAGUUAGGAAGGAAGCCUGUAUCUUUGUAGUGACUGGGUGUAUUGAUGCACCAUCAAAAGUGAAAUUAAUAACUUCACCAUGAUCAAAGGGAUAUUCAAUGUCUGUUUUUUACCCAUCUAACAAUUGGUGCCAUUCUUUUUAGAGUCAUUGGAAAACGUCUCUAGUCUUUGUCGUUGAAUCUGUGCUUGAAAUUCACUGCUCAACUGAAGGACCUUACAGAUAAUUCUAUGUAUGGGGUAUAGAGAUGGGGUAGUCAUUCAAAAAUCAUGUUAAACACCAUUAUUGCACACAGAAUUACAUACAACUUAUCUGACUUGUUAAAGGUUAAAGGAAAUUUUUACUCCAUACAACUUAUCUGACUUGUUAGGUUAAAGGACAUUUUUACUCAUGAAGUUAUUUAGGCUUGCCAUAACAAAGGGGUUGAAUACUUAUUGACUCCAGACAUUUCAGCUUUUAGUUUUUUAUUAAUUUGUACAAAAUUCUAAAAACAGAAUUCCACUUUGACAUUGUGGGGCAUUGUGUGUAGAUCAGUGACACACAUCUACAUUUUAUCCAUUUUAAAUUCCAAGUUGUAAUACAACAAAAUGUGGAAAAAAUGAAAGGGGUGUGAAUACUUUCUGAAGGCACUGAUUCUUGAAGAAGAAAUGCCUCAUGAGCUUAGUUCAACUGUCCCCAUCAGAACCCAAAAUAUAAGCUUGUUUUACAAACACUGCAUAGCCUCAAAACAUGGUUCAAACUAUAAUUUAGAAAAUAUCACGGAUGGUCAGUCCUUACAUCCAUAGCUCUGUCUAUGAAUUUGAGAGCAGUUUACCGAAACAGCGGUUAUUGUUUGAACAGCAGAUUGCCCCUUUAACCAAGCUCCAACUCUCCUCAUGUGCCUUUUUGUGUUCGUUCUUCAACUGUGAAUAAAUAUAAUUUUGGGAUUCUUA